AUGGAUCGGUAUGAAUCAGUCAAAGAUUUACACUCAGAAGUUGCUCUAGAUGUCGAGCCUGACAGCAGACAACACUUCAGGGGGGAAAAUUUCACCCUUCGCUGCUCAGUUAAAGGUAUUAAUCCAAAAGGCUGGAUACUGAGGAGGCUUCAAGGAGCUAAAACGAGAUCUGGAUGUUUACAGUUAAAUGGCACAGAAUCUACAGACAGGCCUGAAGAAUGUCAUUUCAUUGACAUUGACUAUAAGAACAGUGGAUUGUACUGGUGUGAGAGUCCUGCUGAAAACAAGACAAGCAACACCAUCGAUAUCACUGUGAGCUGUAAGAACAUCAUUGUCAAUCAUGUAGAUGUGACUAACUCCAUAGAUGACUCAAAAGAUGAAAACACAUUUACAGGAUCUUUGGUUUGGGUGUCAGGGCUUUGUGUCAUCUUGAUUCUUCUGGUGCUUCUUCCUGUGCUCUGGCUGUUGUUUCCAGGUUUCAGGGAGAAAUUGCAUGUGUGUCCAAAUAGGGCAUUCAAGAGGGAAAGAGUCCUACAGGAAAUGCCUAAAACCAAGCAGGAUGUGACUGAAAUCCAGUGGGAUCUUCCCUGGAUGGAGAUGGACAAUUUGUUGGACAAGCGCCAAACUCCUGGCAGCUGA